CUCCUCACUGUGGGCUGCAGGAAGCGUGUUCAUAGCUGCAGCCACAAAACAAGCAGAAAACAAAAGCAAGAUAUUUUUGCAUAACCCAAGCAGUCAGACGAGGAUUUUCUCCAUAUGCUUCAUUUCUACCAGCAGCUCAGGCAAGCAUGGACAUCCUAAUGAAAGCAGACUUCACGGUGAGUGACAACGCGAGCCGCCAGGAAGAAGCUGACAGGCUGGAAGGAAGCAAAAGCCAAGGACUGAACCACAGCGACCCGCUGGACAUGUUCGUGGGCAUGGAGCUUCUCCUUCGUUUCAAACCUGUCUUCAUGCCUCUCUACUGCCUGGUGGUGGUCAUAGCCAGUGUGGGGAACUCCUCCCUGUUGACUUGCAUCCUGGUGGAUAAGAAACUCCACAACGCCACCAACUUUUUCAUCGGUAACUUGGCGGCUGGAGACCUGCUGAUGUGUUUGAGCUGCGUGCCGCUGACCAUGUCCUAUGCCUUCGACAGCCACGGAUGGGCAUUUGGGAGACCGCUGUGCCACUUGGUGCCUUUGCUGCAGUGUGCUACUGUCUUUGUAUCUGUGCUCUCCCUUACAGCCAUCGCUGUGGAUCGAUACAUCGUCUUAGCUCACCCAGUGCGAAGGAGGAUCUCUUUGUGGGGUUGUGGUGCAGUGACCAUGGCUGUGUGGCUUUUGUCUCUGGCCUUGGCGGCGCCUGCGUCCUUCUAUACGCGCUACCUCGACUUGCGACCCAGCGGCAUCGACUUGGUGGUGUGCGACGAGUUCUGGCCCGAGAGCGACAAUAUGCGACUGCUCUACUCCUGCUUCAUUCUCAUCACCUCUUACAUGAUCCCACUGCUGUCCGUCAGCAUCUCCUACUGCGCCAUCAGCCUCAGCCUCAAACGCUAUUCGGUACCCGGGGAGCGGAGUGGUGGGAAGCAGCACUGGAAGCAAAAGAGGAAGAAGACCUUCUCGCUGUUGGUGGCCUCGGUGCUCGCCUUUGCUCUCUGCUGGCUGCCUUUGCAGGUGCUCAACCUCUUGCUGGACCUGGACCCAGACUGUGACAUCAUAGGCAAGCGCUACAUAAACGUCCUCCAAGUCUGCUGUCACUUGGUGGCCAUGAGCUCAGCGUGUUACAACCCCUUCAUCUACGCCUCGCUGCACAGCAAGGUACGCAUGCACCUGAGGGGCUACCUGUGUCCUUGUCCCAGUCAGAGGAUGGUGCAGAAGUCCUUGUCCCGCAGCUGAUCUCCAUUACGGAGAGGCAAGGCCUGAAAUGUUCAUGCAUUUUUCCCCCUGUGUUAUUUGUCUGGUGAUCAUCCACAUGAGGAUGGUUUGUGAAGAUUUUUGGACUGAAGACAGGACUUGUAGUAGUCAGAUGAUGCAACACGGAGCUUGGACAUGAAGCAGAUCCUGGCAUUUUAAAGCAAGGGAGUAAAUACAGUAGAUCCCCGCAAUGAGCGCCCAUAAAAAUGUCUAUUUUUGACACAUGUUUCGCUCCUCCCCCUCCAAAUCCUCCUGCUAGCUUGACAUUGGAAUUCUCCUUCCACUUCUGAUCAUUUGCAUAAAAAUACGCACACUUGUUAAACGCAUUUGAAAUACUAAAAUGCAGAGGCACCAUGGGUGUCACGAGACUCACAGUUCACGAGACGAGACCAUACACGAGAUUGUGUCUGUGAGAACGAGAUGAGGCGAGAUUUUAAAGUUAUUGUUAAGGAAAGUACAGUACAGCGGAAAAAUACAUGUGACUGGACAAACAGACUAAACAAUAUUCUUUUGAGACCAGAUAAGGCACUAAUGUGGUUUGCAAGGUGUUUGGGUUGACAAUCAGCAUCAAGAAAACAAAAGUCAUGGGCCAGGACGUCCCUGCACCACCAUGCAUCAGCAUGGAAAAAGAGGAGCUUGAGGUCACCGACCACUUCACCUAACUGGGCUCCACAGUUGCCAGUAUUCUGUCACUCGAUGCCGAAAUCACCAAACGCAUCGCUAAAGCCACCGCCGUCGUGACAAAGUUGAGCAAGAGAGUUUGGGGCAACAACUGGCUGACGGUGAGCAGCAAGCUGCAAGUGUACCAGACGUGCGUUCUUAGCACUUUGCAAUAUGGCAGUGAAUCCUGGACCACAUGUGCCAGACAGGAGAACCGGCUGGAAAGCUUCCACCUCGGCUGCCUGCGACGCAUCCUGGGCAUCACAUGGCAUCACAUGGCAGGAUAAGGCCCCCAACACCGCAGUGCUCGAGAAAGCGGGCUCCUCAGCAUGCACCUCAUGCUUUGCCAGCGCUGAAUGCGCCGGCUUGGGCACCUGUACCGCAUGGAAGACAAACGCAUCCCCAAGGACAUCCUGUAUGGCGAGCUAGCCUCAAGCCGCCCAGCAUUACACUUUAAGCAUGUCUGCAAAAGAGACGUGAAGCUGGCAGCCAUUGACCCAAACAGUUGGGACGUAGUGGCAGCUGGUGACAGUUGCUGGUUCCACUCUGUGCAUGAGGGAGUCAGGAGAGCUGAGGAGAAGAGAAACCUUCAGCUGGAGAGGAAGAGAGAGCGAAGAAAACGGAGACAGCCGAGCCAGGCCUCUGUCUGCGUGCCAGCGACUGUCAUGCCAGAAUCGGACUGCUGAGCCACACCAGACGCUGCUCUCAACAAGUUUAUUGACCCACCGGCGCGCUACCAUUGUCUCUCCAGACUGAAGGAUGCCAAGAAAAAAACAGAUCGUUUUCUGCGGAAAAAAAAUAAAAUUGCGGGGUCGUGAUUGCUGAAAGGCGAGCAUGCAGGGAUCCACUGUAUUGUUGCUGAUGCUGCAGCAGGAAAUCACUGUCAGCUACACUGGCCAAAUAUGUUGGAUGAACUUGUAAAUGCCUGACUGACUCGGACGUGCUCAGUGUGCACAUAAAACAGUCACGUGCACAAGAGUGUCUAUUAGUGCAGAUUAGUGUAGAUUAUGCAUCACCACCUUUCUUUCUGGACUCUUAUGGCAUGAUACACCGUGCUUGUGUUGACCUUAACAGAAGAUAUGGAGUGAAAAUGAUUCUGUUCAUGUGGGCCUUUGGUCACACAACUACAACACCAACACUUGGGAUCUUUGCUUGUCUCCUUUUAACAAUGUUACAGUUGCAACAAGCAUCUUUUCAUCUCAUAGAUUAGAUUGUUAUUCAUCUUAAUUUCAGAAAUCCUAAAUUUGCAGUCUUCUUUUUGUCCCGGUUCUGGAUUCAUGGUUGACCUUUCAGAUCAUAUUUUGUAUCUUUUUUUUGGGUUUAUAUCCAAGUUCAACUCAAAAAUGUUUGAAAAGAUGCUUUGGUGCCAACCAGAGGCUGCGCAGUAAAGAACUUACUGGUUCUUUACAUGUUCUCCAAACCUGCAGAGAUCUUUGCAAGGGUCUUCUAUUCUGUGUCUAUUUUCCAAUUGUUAGUGGGAGGUGAAAAGGUUGUCAUUGUUACAUGAUUGAGGUAUCGUGAUGAUCAAAUGAAUCUUGGACAACGUUUGCUUUUUUCUGAAUCGAUUUAAUUGUGGAUAUUAGGGGAAAAGGACAUCCAAAAAUGACAUGGAUAUCAGGGUUUUAUGGAGUGGCUCUGAUUUCAACAAGUCAUUAUUGAGCUUCUCUUUGCAAAAUACACACAAUGUCUGCUACACAGAUCAUAUUGACGAAGCCAGGAACAAUCGGUACCUUUCCUGUCCUCCGCCAUCAGCGCCUUGAACGCCUUCUGUUUUGCUUCUAACACACACCAGCUGCAAAGCAAGAAGCUAGGCUACAGUUAUGGGGCCAAAUGACUCCAUGGGAAUGAAACCUUAUUACUCGGGAUGUCUGAUCCACAUUUCUGGUUUCUUGACGAUCCCAUCCAGUACCUAUCCUUUUUUUUAUUUUAUUUGUAUUUAUUUUUAAUAAUAAGCUUUUGUUCCAAACAUGAUUUUUUGGAAUUGAAUAUGGUUAUGAAAAUAGCUCUUCAAAGCAUUUGAAUUAAUGCAAGCAAAGUAUUGCUGAAUAUACUUUUUUAUUCCACAGCGUGACCAACAAUAUUGUUUGGCUUUUGGAAAUAAACCUCUGUGAGUCAGGUCCCUAA